UCACUUAGGAGACACAAGCAACAACAACAAAGUGUUUAUGUGUGUUCUUCCUCUUCACUACUCAGCCUUCUUCUUCUUAUUAUUAUUACUACCCUUUUACUUGUACACAAGAAAUUAAAGAAAAAAAUAUGGAAGUAAACAACAACAACAAUGGUGGAUGUUGUUGUGGAAGUUUUUUUCAGAGGUGCAAGCCUUACAUAGCAAUGAUAUCUCUGCAAUUUGGGUAUGCCGGAAUGAACAUAAUCACAAAGGUUUCUCUCAACCGCGGCAUGAGCCACUAUGUUCUUGUUGUCUAUAGACAUGCCUUUGCUACUGCUGCUAUUGCUCCCUUUGCUCUUGUUCUUGAGAGGAAAGUGAGGCCUAAGAUCACAUUCCUUAUGUUCAUGCAAAUGUUUGUGUUGGGUCUUCUUGGGCCUGUGAUUGAUCAGAACUUAUACUACAUGGGUUUGAAAUUUACAUCCCCAACAUACUCGUGUGCUCUAAGCAACAUGCUCCCUGCAAUGACGUUUGUGAUGGCAGUUAUUUUCAGGAUGGAGAAGUUGGACAUGAGAAAAGUGAGGUGCCAAGCUAAGGUGAUUGGAACUGUGGUAACAGUAGUUGGGGCAAUGUUAAUGACAUUGUACAAAGGCCAAGUCAUUAACUUCUUCUGGUCUCAUUACAUGCACCACCCAAGAAACUAUGUACCUGAUAACACCACCACUAACUCUGGUGAAACCGAUUGGGUCAAGGGUUCCAUUCUUCUCAUCUUUGCUACCCUUGCUUGGGCUUCCUUCUUCAUCCUUCAGGCAGUGACAUUAAGAAAAUACCCAGCUCAGCUCUCACUAACUGCCAUAGUGUGCUUCUUGGGAACACUGCAAUCAAUUGCAGUAACCUUUGUGAUGGAGCACAGUCCAAAUGUUUGGACCAUUGGCUGGGACAUGAACUUGCUAGCUGCAGCCUAUGCUGGGAUAGUGUCAUCAGGUAUUGCAUACUAUGUUCAAGGGAUUGUGAUGCAAAGAAGAGGACCAGUUUUUGUCACUGCUUUCAGCCCUUUGAUGAUGAUCAUUGUUGCUGUUAUGGGAUCUUUCAUCCUUGCUGAAAACAUAUACCUUGGAGGUGUAAUUGGAGCAAUUCUUAUAGUAGUGGGACUCUACUCGGUUCUAUGGGGAAAAUACAAGGAGCACAAAGAGAAAGAAGCAGAAAAUAUAAUCACUGAUGAACCAAUUAAGUGCUGUGGUAACCAAAUUGCAAGGUUGGAAACUGUGAUUGAAGAUUCAGAAUCAAAUGACAUUGAGAUGCAAAAGCGUGAUGAUAAUAAUAAUAACGAAGCUUGCAACGAACUAAGCGUGACAAUAAUGAGUAACAAUAAUAAUAAUGAUAAUGAUGUUACAAAAGCUUGAACUGGUUGUGAUUACUUAAUUAAUUAGGCCAUGGUGAAAAAUAAUAGAGGCUGCAAAGAAAAAUGGAAGAGGGUUAAUGAAAAGAAGAGAGAAUUUGAGAGGGGGGUUUUUGUGUACCUUCGUCCUCAUCACUAUCUUUCUUAGGAAACUUAGCUGAAACUUUUUCUUUUUUUUUUAAAAAAAAAAUUAAAUUAUGACUGUUUGAUUAGGACCCUAAAUGCGGGCCUAGUUGUCCAUGAUGUAACUUAAAUUUUGCAUACUUUGGUUAAUGAAAGAUUUUUAAGAAAUUCCAAA